UUCCCACUCCACACAACUCUCAAACUCAUAUAAAACCUGAAGCUUCUCUUUUUUUGCUAAGUAACCUGAAGCUUCUCUCUUUAUCUCCUUCUUACAUCAGAUCAAGUCUUCCUUCUUUCUAUGGCUUUGGUAAGAGAACGUCGUCAGCUCAACCUCCGUCUUCCUCUUCCUCCGAUCUCCGACCGCCGCUUCUCCCUCCCCUCCGUCACAACCACCGUCGCUACCUCCGGCGGCAUCUCCGCCGCUGAUCUCGAGAAACUCAACGUUCUCGGAUGCGGAAACGGCGGGGUUGUUUACAGAGUCCGUCACAAGAACACGGGGGACCUCUACGCUCUCAAAACGGUUAACGGCGACAUGGAUCCGAUCUUAACACGGCAGCUGAUGCGAGAGAUGGAGAUCCUCCGCCGUACGGACUCUCCCUACGUAGUCCGGUGUCACGGGAUCUUCGAGAAACAAGUCGUCGGCGAAGUAUCGAUUCUGAUGGAGUACAUGAACGGCGGGACUCUAGAGUCUCUCCGCGGCGCCGUGACGGAGCAGCGCCUCGCCGGGUUCGCGAGACAGAUCUUGAAAGGGCUGAGUUACUUGCACGCUCUCAAGAUCGUGCACAGAGACAUCAAACCGGCGAACCUCCUCCUCAACUCGAAGGACGAGGUCAAGAUCGCCGACUUCGGAGUCAGCAAGAUCUUGGUCCGGUCGUUGGAUUCUUGCAACUCUUACGUCGGGACUUGUGCGUACAUGAGUCCCGAGAGGUUUGAUUCUGAAUCUUCCGGGGGAGGCUCCGACGUGUACGCCGGAGAUAUCUGGAGUUUCGGGUUGAUGAUGCUGGAGCUUCUCGUUGGUCACUUUCCGUUAUUACCGCCGGGACAGAGACCUGACUGGGCGACUUUAAUGUGCGCGGUGUGUUUUGGGGAGCCGCCGCGGGCGCCGGAGGUAUGCUCGGAGGAGUUUAGGAGCUUUGUUGAGUGUUGUCUACGUAAAGAUUCGAGUAAGAGAUGGACGGCGUCGCAGCUUCUCGGCCAUCCUUUCCUCCGGGAGGAUCUUUAAUUCGAUUCGUUUUGUAGAAAUCGAAAUCGAAAAUCGGAUUAAAAUUAUUUUUAUUUUGGUAGAAUUUUUAAUAGUUUCUGGAGAUAUUAUGUUCGUAAUUUUUGUACAUAUUAUCCAGAUUUUAGGGGAAAACAUUGGCAUAUAGUAAUAUCACCUGUCAGUGAUAAAACUAUUUCUUUGAUUUUUUUUCCAGUUUCAUUCAUGUAUGUAUAUCGAAUAUAAAUUAAUGUACACUAGAUUUUGAUAAUCUAGUAUUUACUUAUUUAAAUCGUAGUUGUUAUA